CAGAACUGUUCUCAGUUGUAAUGCGGCCGGACUUUAAGAAACAUCCACUACUCUACGCGUUGAUAAUUAAUGCUGUUCUAAAUGUGUUCAAAUGAUAUUGGUUAUAUGAGGGCAUCAGAUUAUGUUCUACAGUUGGAGGGAGCUAGUCCAAUGAAACGUCGUUCAUUUCAAGAUGGUGUCCGCGAGGUGGAUUUCGUUUUGGCUUACAACGGUUCCGAUCAACGAGAAGAUCAUGUGAAAAAACGUGAAAUAUUUGAAGCAAACCUCGAGCAUGAAGGUCUGCAACUUGAACGCGAUAAAACACAAAAUGUUCAUUUCGUUUUAAUUCACGCACCCAAAGAGGUUCUAUGUCGUUAUGCAGAAAUACUUAAAAUUAAAAUGCCCAUGAAAGUGAUACCUGGACAAAAUCGAAUCUAUGAUGAUGAAGACAAUUCUGUGAACUCGAAGACUGCAGAAGGCGAUGUAAAACCCUUUUCCAAAACAAAUCGCAUAUAUUCGGAAUUUCAACGAAAACAUGCAUGUUUAUUUAACACUGACCUGCCAAAUUUCUUUGAUUCGGCUACAAGAAUUAGUAUAAUAAAUUUUAUUUUGGAACGUCAACGCUUUGUAAAGGGCGAAGAAACGCCCGACAAUUUGGGUAUAGAGAAACUAAUUGCAGAUGGUGUGUAUGAGAGCGCCUAUAGUCUACAUGAUGAAACAGCCCGUCAAGUAUUGUUAAAGGAGUGGGCGUGCCUAAAACGGUGGAAAGAUGAGCAGCCGUUGGAUGCUAUUAAGGAAUAUUUCGGAGCCAAGGUGGCCAUAUACUUUGCAUGGCUGGGAUUUUAUACCGAUAUGUUAAUACCAAUUAGUAUAGCUGGAAUUUUUCAGUUUCUCUACGGUUUCAUAACAUGGAGUUCGGAUCCGAUAAGUCAAGAAAUUUGUAAUGCAAACCAGACAACGUUGAUGUGUCCCCAAUGUGAUAGGAACUGUGAUUAUUGGGAACUAAAGGAUACCUGCGGUGCUUCCAAGAUGAAUUAUUUGAUCGACAAUAAUAUGACAGUGGCUUUUGCAUUUCUAAUUGCAAUUUGGGCUGUUGUUUUCUUGGAACUUUGGAAAAGAUAUUCGGCAUAUCUAAUACACUCUUGGGGCCUCACUGGUUACACCCAUGAGGUGGAACACCCGAGGCCACAGUAUUUGGAAAAGUUACGGAAAAACAAAAAACUAGCCGAUAAAGUCAAAGAUAAAAGUGGACAAUAUCAGUUUGAACCGGAAAUUCCAUUUUGGUCCGUCAAGUUUUCGGCAAGUUUGGCCAGUUACAGUGUGGCCCUGCUGUCGAUCUGCGUUUCAAUUAUAGCCAUUUUGUCCAUGAUCAUAUAUCGCAUGGCCCAAAAAGCUUCUCACAGUGUUUUGGGUGACGAGAACUCCACCACAUAUAAGGUGAUGACCCAACCCAUGACGGCCGGUUUCAUCGAUUUGAGUAUUAUCACAAUCCUGCACUAUGCCUAUAGUUAUCUGGCCGAGAUACUUACCAACCGGGAAUAUUGUCGCACCCAAACGGAAUACGAUAAUAGUCUAACGAUAAAAAUUUACAUCUUCCAAUUUGUCAACUAUUACUUCUCCCUUUUCCACAUAGCGUUUUUGAAAGGCAAAUUUGUCGGAUAUCCCAUGAAAUACAAUCGCAUAUUUGGUUUUCGCCAGCAAGAAUGUAAUCCCGGUGGAUGUUUAAUGGAAUUGUGUAUUCAAUUGGUCAUUAUAACGGUGGGCAAACAACUUCUAAAUGCUGUGAUUGAAAAUCUUUUGCCAUUUUUGAAGAAAAAAUGGAAAGAGUUGCGAUCGAAUGUGGGUGGAGGAAAAGCAGAGAGAAUGUGGGGUAUGGUGGCAAACGGUCAAUGGUUCGAGGAUUAUCCACUGCAGCCGUGGACAAGUCGUGUAUUAUUUGCGGAAUAUCUCGAAAUGGUAAUGCAAUAUGGUUUCAUUACCCUCUUUGGUGUUGCAUUCCCCUUGGCCUUUCCGCUGGCGCUGAUAAACAAUGCCAUAGAAAUACGAACCGAUGCUGGGAAAAUGUUGAAAUUCAUAAGACGUCCAGUUGCUCAAAGAGCCAGUGAUAUUGGAGUAUGGUUCAGUAUUAUGACGGUGAUAACCCGACUCGCUGUGGCCACAUGUGCCAUGAUUAUUGCCUUCUCGACAAACCUCAUUCCAAAGCUAGUCUACAAAUAUGCCACCCAUGAUGAUGAACUGCAGGGUUAUCUCAAUUUUACAUUGGCCUAUUUUAAUACUAGUGAUUUUCGUGUACCACCGAAUUUAGGUGAAUCACGGUAUGGCAAUGUCACACAGUGCCGUUAUGCGGAAUUUCGAAAUCCACCGUGGCAUGAAUUUCCCUAUAAGAGGCCAAUUAUCUAUUGGAAGAUAUUGAUGGCUCGUUUGGCUUUUAUUGUCAUUUUUCAGAAUGUCAUUGGCGGUCUUCAGACCAUCAUUGCCUGGGCCAUACCCGAUGUCCCAACAAAGUUAUUGAAACGCAUUAAACGCGAAAACUUCCUAUUGCGUGAAUAUAUUAUCGAAUGUGAAAAGCGACAAGUAAUCGAUAAACAGGUUGAUAAAAUCAUUUCAUGGGUGAACCAAAUCGAAGAUGAAUCGGAUAUUGCUCUCAGUGACAGUUCUGGUGAUAGCUCAACAGAUAAAGAGGGCAUUGAGGAGACAAGUUUAUAAUUUGUGAUAUAAAUAAGAACUCGAUUUUAAGUGCUUUAAUAUAUCUCCAAUAAAAGUCUGCAAAAACGGUGUUAA